AAUUUGCUCAUUUCAUUGAUUUCAUCCAGAAUUCUUGAUUGUUUCUGCUCGUUCAAAGUGGUACUGUAAUAUCCCUAUUUGAUUAACUUUGAAGUCAGCUCCAAUGGACGCGAUGUCCGAUUCGACGACCGUGUUGGCGUCUGCGGAGGACGCUGAUGAUCACAUUGAUCAGGGAAUUGGAGAAGAAGCGCGGACCUGCAUUUCGCCAAGCGACGCUGCCGUCGACCGAGCAUCUCACAGCGAUUAUGGCUCCUCGUCCGCCAAGUCAUCCCCUGACACCAGCCAUUUGAAGAACAAGCCGCAACAGACUGUUAUCGAGGAGGAGAAACUGUUGGGACAAAACCCCAGAUCGGCGAAGCGCCUUAAAAAUGUCUCAGCAGACAUGGAACAGAGAUUCUGUGACGCGUUGAAGAGACCCGACUACCAGGUGAAGAAGCUCAACCUCAGCAUCCCGGACAAAAUCAUCGUGCGGGCCUCCAAAACGACCGACCACGUGCUGGUCAUGGGCACUGUCAGCUUCAUGCUGGACCCGCUACCGUGUCCCUACGCCGGACAGGAGGCGGCCUGCCAAGACUUCCGCGCUUGCGAGCCGCGCUUGCUGAAGGCGCACCUGCAGACCAAGCACGACCUGCGCAACGUCGUCCUGAAUUUCGUUUGCCCGUGUGCGGGUCGGUUCAACGGCAGGCAGAGUUGCCCGGUGGUGCGCUUUGAUCCCGGCGACAUCUACAUGCGCAAGCACCUGCGGGAGGACCACCGGAAGUACUACGAAGCGGUGUGUGCGGCGCUGGUGGACGCCAAGGCAGGCGAGGAUCCGCAGAUCGCCCAGAAACGGGAGAGGUUUCUGCGUCGCGCCCGCCGCAGGUACUUCCCGGGAUGGACGCAUGACAGGAACGAGCUCUUCCCCAGCCAGAUCAUCCCGGACCGGAUCGUUAUUCGCACGGAAAUGGGCGACGUGGAUGGCAAGCAGCCCGGGAAACGUGAAAUCAAGUACAUCUGCAACAUCGAUCCGUGCCAGGAUCACAAGAUAGGCGGUCCGCAAGGUUCGCGGCAAAUGCACCAUCACCUGGUGAUGCAGCACGCGUCCCGCUUCGAUUUGGGCACCAACUUCUUCCACAAAUGCCCUGCCGAAGAGGUGUGUGAGGAAAUUGUGUUUGCCGGCGAUAACCAGCUGGAAGCGCACGUCCACGCGCUGCACCCCGAGCUGCUGGGCAAAGAGAAGAAAUACUCGGAGGCCGCCCAGAAGAAUCGGGAAGCGCUGGAGGACAAGAUUCCCUGCGUCCGCAUGGGAGAGGCCCUCACCAACCAUCUGCACACUGACAAGGACAAGCAGCUGUUUAUGCUGCGCUACACUUGUCCUGUCGAGACGUGCGGCAAAGCCUUCAUGGGUGCGGGGGAGUCUGCGCGGAAAUACAUGGUCUGGCACGUGGCUUCUGCCCAUCAGGACGUCUGGAAUGUGGCCGCGGAAGAGUGAUGCUCUGUGCUGGCUCAUCUGUGUUGCCAGUCCCGGAUGGGCUACGCGACAGGUCUUCGCGGGGCGUUUGGUGUUUUGGACAUUUCGUCUAAGGACAACUCGUUUUUGUGGCAAACAGUCAUGUGACUGUUCGUUGCCAUCGACCAGUCGAAAAUUUUUGAUUCCCCAGAUGUCGCGCGACCAAAUGUCAUACAGCACAACGAGUUGUCCCAAAAGAAAUUAGCCGCUGCGACGAAGAACGUAUGUUGAAAUGCCCCGCGAGCACUUGGACUGUCACGCCCGGAUGAACAACCUCCUCGGAUGGCGAAUCUGUGUUCGGACCAAGAAUUAAUGUGCCGCAUUUCCUUUUCUACAAUUUGUAUUGCUCUUUUUGCUGCCUUUGUUACCAAGAAUAGUCUGCCCUUUGCCCACCCCGCAGCGCUUUUUCUCGCUGUUCAGGUCGUCGGUGGAACGGCUCGUGCAAGUCUUCCGUAUUUUCCGACUGUUUAGCUGAUAUCCCAAUAAGUAUUA